UCCGCCAUCUUUGACUUCAUUCAGGUAUUUGUCCUCGUGUGGAAAACUUUUUUCUCCAAAAUCUCAAAAUGUCUAUUAUGGAAUAUAAUGGGGCUGCUAUUAUAGCAAUGGUUGGUAAAAACUGCGUUGCUAUAGCUGCUGACCGGCGUCUUGGUAUGCAAGCACAGACCGUUUCGUGCGAUUUUCAGAAGAUCUUUCAAAUGGGAGAAAAGUUGUUCGUCGGGCUACCAGGGCUGGCAACCGAUGUGCAAACAGUUGCAAAUCGCUUGAAGUUUAGGUUAAAUCUGUACGAACUACGAGAAAACCGUUCAAUCAAGCCCAAGACGUUCUUGAGCAUGGUUUCCAAUCUACUCUACGAGAGAAGAUUUGGUCCUUAUUUUGUAGAGCCAGUGGUGGCUGGUCUGGAUCCAAAGACAAAUGAGCCUUACAUUUCUGCAUUGGAUCUCAUUGGAUGUCCUAUGGAAACCAAGGACUUUGUAGUUAGUGGAACAUGUUCUGAGCAGAUGUAUGGUAUGUGUGAAUCGUUGUGGGAGCCAGAUCUUGAGCCGGAUGAUCUCUUUGAGACCAUUUCACAAGCACUGAUGAAUGCUGUGGACAGGGAUGCUGUCAGCGGUUGGGGUGCUGUAGUCCAUAUCAUUGAACCAGAUAAAGUCACAACCAGGACAUUGAAAGCAAGAAUGGAUUAGUUUUGUUCGUAUUUGUGUUAACUUCUAUCUGUGAACAUGGGUGGGGAGGGGUCUAAAGUUUGUUUGAACUCAUUGUCAAGAAGGCAUCUUGUUUGACUGUAAAAUAAUUUGAGGAGCAGUGUCAAAUUCCACAAAGAGUGACAGUGUUUUGUUGAAAUUCAAAUCCAUCGAUGGUAUUGGUACCAUUAUUGUAUGAAUAGAUACAGACAGUCAGAGUAAAGUCAUUGUAUUUAAACUUACAUUAAAGAUGUUUACGAAAACUUGUAUAAUUUGAUAGAAGGUAGAUACAGCCUCUGGCAUGCACAGGGUAUUAAAGUACCAGUAUUCUAGGGCA